ACCACUGCUGUCCUGGUGCUCUUGCUUGCUACCUGUCAUUCCUGCGCUUGUCGUUCCCUGUGCUUGCCCGGAAGUCUAUCGCCUGAAACGGCCUCCCACCCAGCUCACCAUGAGCCCGUCAAAUGGAGGAGGGCUCUUAGAUGCCAAUCGGCCCGGCAAGGACUGCGAGAGCAACAAGCCGCUGUCCGGCAAGAACGCUUGGCUCGCUGAUGGCAAGCUGCCUGAGGCCGUGGAGGAUGGGGACCAGCAGAUCAUCGAGGCUGGGGAAGCCAAGUACCAUCGUCUGGGGUGGAAGGGUCUCACUAUCAUGCUGAUUGUGGAGGCGAUCGGAUUAGGCUCGCUGUCGAUUCCCUCCGCCUUCGCGACGCUCGGCAUGGUGGCCGGAGUCAUCUGCUGCGUCGGCAUCGGCUUGAUAGCCAUCUACACCUCCUACGUGAUUGGACAGGUCAAGCUGGCCUUCCCGGCGAUCCGGCACUACGGCGAUGCGGGUGCCUUGCUGAUGGGCCGCCUGGGGUACGAACUGUUCACCUUCAUGCUGAUCCUGCAGCUGAUCUUCCUGACGGGGUCCAACUGCCUGACGGGCACCAUCGCGCUGCAGCAUAUCACCGACAGCGGCAUCUGCUCGGUGAUCUUCAGCGUAGUCUCGGCCAUCAUCCUGCUGCUGUUGUCGAUCCCGUCGUCGUUUGCCGACAUGGCAUGGCUCGGCUACCUGGACUUCGUCUCCAUCGUGGCGGCCAUCGGCAUCACGAUCAUCGCGACGGGCAUCAAGGGCACGAACUCGACGGGCGGGCUGGGGGCUGUGACGUGGUCGGCGUGGCCGCAGGGCGACCCCAGCUUCUCGGACGGGUUCAUCGCGAUCAGCAACAUCGUGUUCGCGUACACGUUCGCCAGCUGCCUGUUCUCGUUCAUGGAUGAGAUGCACACGCCGCGCGAUUUCACCAAGUCGAUCUGGUCGCUGGGCAUCCUGCAGAUCGUCAUCUACACGGUCACGGGUGCGACCAUCUACGCGUUCACCGGCCUGGACGUGCAGUCGCCGGCGCUGCUGUCGGCCGGCGCCCUGGUCAGCAAGGUGGCCUUCGGCAUCGCGCUGCCGGUGAUCUUCAUCUCCGGCGCCAUCUGCACUAUCGUCGCCGGCCGCCUGAUCCACGGCCGCAUCUACGCCAACAGCGUGACCAAGUACAUCAACACCACCAAGGGCUGGGUGACCUGGUUGAUCCUGAUCACCGUGUUGACCAUCCUGGCGUGGGUCAUCGCCGAGGCCAUCCCAUUCUUCGACGACCUGCUCUCCAUCGCCUCCGCGCUGUUCACCUCGGGCUUCUCCUUCUACCUGCCGCCGAUCUUGUGGUACGUGCUCAUCCGCAAAGGGCCGUGGUACUCGCGCGAGAACCUGAUGACCAGCAUCGUGAACUUCCUGGUCUUCAUCUUCGGUUUGGUCGUGCUGGUCGGCGGCAUGUACUCCAGUGUACAGGAUAUUAUCAACAACUACCACACAGGUAACGUCCGCUCGCCGUUCACCUGCGGCAGCGUGAGCUAAAUGGGAUUUUUGUUUUUGUUUGCGUUCGCAUACACAGCUUAAUGGUUUUGACUUUGCAUGAUGGAAUGAUUUCUCCCGUGAGCAGAGGCUGCGGCAGUGGGCAUGAACUGACGGUUGUUGGACUUUCUUGCGUUGUAUAUCAUGAAGACAUAUGGUGAUACGUGUUGCAUGCAUUGCGUACAGCGGCGAAUCGGAGUUGUACAUAGCCUGCCGUCGACGGUGGAUGUAUAUAUUGCGCUUGAUGUUAAUGGAUCGAUGAUUC